AGCUAAGAUUGCACAAUGGAAACGUGCGUCUCCACUGACGUAAGCACGCACAAAGAACCCCAGCGUUGGCACGUUGGGCAGUCAAAUAAUCCGCAUCGGAACAGCACAAGCAUUAUAUUUUUCAGCUGGGUGAGUGAACAUCAACAAAGAGGGUUUCCGAACUGCUUUCUGUUUACACAAGCAAGCAUGAAGGGAAUGAUUUUUCAACUCGGGAGCCUGAGCCGUGCUGGGCUGAUUCUCCGCAGGAGCAUCCAUACACGUCUACGCCCCGCCGCCGUGACCAAGCUCACCUCGGAGGAAAUCUACGCCCGCGAGGAGAAGCACGGGGCACACAACUACCAUCCGCUCCCUGUGGCCCUGGAGCGAGGCGAGGGCAUCUAUGUGUGGGACGUGGAAGGCAACCGGUAUUAUGACUUCCUCAGUGCAUACAGUGCAGUAAAUCAGGGUCACUGCCACCCUAAGAUCGUCUCUGCGCUCACCAAGCAGGCGUCUACCCUCGCCUUGACUUCCAGAGCGUUCUACAAUGACGUGCUCGGAGCCUAUGAAGAGUACAUCACCAACAUGUUUGGAUAUGACAAAGUUUUACCCAUGAAUACAGGGGUUGAAGGCGGUGAGACGGCCUGUAAGCUUGCCAGGAAGUGGGCCUACAACGUGAAGGGGGUUCCAAACAAUAAGGCCAAGAUCAUUUUCGCGGAGGGAAACUUCUGGGGUCGCACCUUGGCUGCCAUCUCCAGCUCCACUGACCCCAGCAGCUACGAGGGUUUUGGGCCGUACAUGCCCGGGUUCGAGCUUGUCCCGUUCAAUGACAUUCCUGCUCUAGAGAAAGCUCUUCAGGACCAAAAUGUCGCCGCCUUCAUGGUGGAACCCAUCCAAGGAGAAGCAGGCGUGGUUGUGCCCGAUCAAGGCUACUUGACUAAAGUCAGAGAACUUUGCACAAAAUACAAUGUGCUGUGGAUCGCUGAUGAGGUCCAGACGGGCCUGGCACGGACUGGCCGGCGCCUGGCCGUCGACCACGAAGGUGUUCGCCCGGAUUUGGUGAUUCUGGGCAAAGCUCUCUCCGGUGGAGUUUAUCCAGUGUCUGCAGUACUUAGUGACAAUGAUGUAAUGCUGACCAUUAAGCCCGGGGAGCACGGAUCCACAUACGGAGGGAACCCUGUGGCUUGUCGUGUCGCUAUCGCAGCUUUGGAGGUGAUGGAGGAAGAGAAGCUUGCGGAAAACGCUCAAAGGAUGGGAGAACUUUUGCGGACUGAGUUGAAGAAACUACCCAAAGACAUUGUGACAACAGUCAGAGGGAAAGGCCUCCUCAACGCAAUUGUGAUCAAAGAGACUAAAGACUACGAUGCCUGGAAGGUCUGCUUGCGCCUUCGGGACAACGGACUCCUGGCUAAGCCCACCCACGGGGACAUCAUCCGACUGGCCCCGCCUCUGGUCAUCCGAGAGCAUGAGCUCCGGGAAUGCAUCGACAUCAUUCAGAGGACCAUCAUGUCCUUCUAAA